GCCCGCUCCGCAGCUGCCGGCAGCCGCAGGGAGCCCCAGCUGUGCCUCUGCCCAGUGUGCCCUCCUUGGCCCGCGGUCCCCGCGCCGUGUCCCGCCGCCGACAUGUGUGCCGCCCGGAUGCCUCCCCUGGCGCACAUCUUCCGAGGGACUUUCGUCCACUCCACCUGGACCUGCCCCAUGGAAGUGCUUCGGGAUCACCUCCUCGGUGUGAGCGACAGCGGCAAAAUAGUGUUUUUAGAAGAAGCGUCUCAACAAGAAAAACUGGCCAAAGAAUGGUGCUUCAAGCCGUGUGAAGUAAGAGAGCUGAGCCACCACGAGUUCUUCAUGCCUGGGCUAGUUGAUACACACAUCCAUGCCCCUCAGUAUUUCUUUGCUGGAAGUAAUGUAGACCUGCCACUUUUGGAGUGGCUAACCAACUACACAUUUCCUGUAGAGCAGAGAUUCCAGAGCAUCGACUUCGCUGAAGAAGUCUACACCAGAGUUGUCAGGAGAACGCUAAAGAAUGGAACAACCACAGCUUGUUACUUUGGAACAAUUCACACUGACUCAUCUCUGCUCCUUGCAGAAAUUACAGAUAAAUUUGGGCAGCGAGCAUUUGUGGGCAAAGUAUGCAUGGAUUUGAAUGAUACUGUUUCAGAAUACAAGGAGACCACCGAGGAAUCAAUCAAGGAAACAGAGAGAUUUGUGUCAGAAAUGCUUCAAAGGAAUUAUCCUAGAGUAAAGCCCAUAGUGACACCGCGGUUUUCCCUUUCCUGCUCUGAGACUUUGAUGGGUGAACUUGGCAACAUCGCUAAGACCCAUGAUGUGCACAUUCAGAGCCAUAUAAGUGAAAAUCGUGAUGAAGUUGAAGCUGUGAAAAACUUAUAUCCCAAUUAUAAAAACUACACAGAUGUUUAUGAUAGAAACAAUCUUCUGACAAAUAAGACAGUGAUGGCGCAUGGCUGCUACCUUUCUGCAGAAGAGCUUAACAUCUUCAACGAACGGGGAGCAUCCAUCUCACACUGCCCCAAUUCUAAUUUAUCGCUCAGCAGUGGCUUUCUCAAUGUGCUUGAAGUCCUGAAACAUGAAGUGAAGAUAGGGCUGGGGACAGACGUGGCUGGUGGUUAUUCCUCAUCCAUGCUUGAUGCGAUCAGAAGGGCAGUGAUGGUUUCCAAUAUCCUCUUAAUUAAUAAGGUAAAUGAGAAAAGCCUCACCCUCAGAGAAGUCUUCAGACUAGCUACUCUUGGAGGAAGUCAAGCCCUGGGACUGGAAAGUGAGAUUGGAAACUUUGAAGUGGGCAAGGAAUUUGAUGCCCUUCUGAUCAACCCCAAAGCAUCUGACUCUCCCAUUGAUCUGUUUUAUGGGGAUUUUGUUGGUGAUAUUUCUGAGGCUGUUAUCCAGAAGUUCCUCUAUCUAGGAGAUGAUCGAAAUAUUGAGGAAGUUUAUGUGGGUGGCAAGCAGGUGGUUCCAUUUUCCAGCUCAGUGAACAUGAAUUUUAUUAUGAGUCGUGAGAAACAGAAAUUUAUUAAGAACCAUCUCUGUUAUCACCAAAAUGGGAGAAAGGACAGAGAAGAGCAGGGAAGGAAGAAACUUUCCCAGGAAAAACUCUCUGAUGUCUCUCCCAGAUAGGGAAAGAAGGGCCCAUGCAUCUUCAGGUAGCACCAGAUGCCCUCAUGACUGGAAUCCAUGUGAAGACUGAGGCAGUGUGUACGUCUGCCUCCUGCAGCUCUUUGAGUCCCUGCCUGGCCAACACCCACACUGUGACAUCAGGAUCCACAGGCUAUAUACUUAAAAUGUAGAGAGACACGCAAAAU